CUGGCUGGCUGACUAUAACAGUGUUGGUAAAGAAGUGUAAGCGUACUGUCAUGUAUUUAAGUGUCGAAAUUUAAAAAGAGAACGUUUUUGUUUUUGUUUUUGUUUCUCGUUUGUAAUAAGAUGAUGGUUCAGAACUUUUUCGGUGGACCGUUAGUGAGACAAUAUGUUGUGGUGAUUUUAGUGAACCUGAGCUUGUUUAGCUGUGGCCUGGGCUUAUCAUGGCCUUCUCCAGUCCUCGUGAAAUUGAGAGAUGUCGACAGUCCGGUACUGGAUAAACCCAUCACCGAGGAGGAGGGAUCAUGGAUAGUAUCCAUUGGGUUUCUCACUGGAGUAUUCUGCAACUUCAUACCGGGUCUCAUACUCGAUCGCAUCGGACGCAAGUACUGCAUACUCAUCGGAAUCAUCCCAAAAAUCAUGUCAGCACUAUUCUUGCUGUUUGCUUCUAAAGUCUGGAUGUUAUUCCUGGGCAGAGCACUUAAUGGGAUGUCAGAUGCUUUUAUAUUCACUGUUGUACCUAUGUACGCCUCGGAAGUUGCUAGUGUGAGUUUUUAAUUUGUCUAAUUUUCUUAACGUAUACCUAAAAUACACUUUAUGACUGUCUGUGGAUUAUUAUUGCAAACUGUCUUAUCUAAAAGUAUGAAUUUCGUUAUUCUUAACGUUAUUCUGUAGGCAAUCAUUGUUUAUUACGACGAUUUACUUAGUCAAUAUUUAGAGUGUACCUACACACAAUACAAAGGUUAAAACUU